AUGGCCCGUCAAAACUUCUUAGGGCUUGUGGUUUCACAAGGGAAAAUGUCCAAGACGGUCAAAGUCCGUGUUCAAAGAAAAGCCUUUGACAGAGUCAUCAAUAAAGAAGUUAUUAAAAGAAGAGAUUUCUUGGUUCAUGAUGAAGGUGAAAUUUCAAGAGAAGGUGAUUUAGUCCGUAUUGAACAAUGUCGUCCAAUUUCCAAAAGAAAAGCUUUCUCAAUUGCAGAAAUUAGAAAGAAUCAAGGUCAACAAUUUGCUAAAUAUGAUGAAUUAGCUAAAGCGCAAGUUGUUAGAGAAGAGAAUGAAAAAACCAGAGAAUUUUUACAAAGAAGAAAGAACACCACAAAAGAUAUAAAUGAAAACUCAUCAUUCAUAAAGGAUUUAGCCAUUGUUGAAAAAGGUGCUUCUCGUAGAGAAAGUGAACUAUCUGAGAGUCUACGUCUUCAAAUUGCUACAAUCAAGGCCAAAUAUGGUAUAAAGAGCUGGCCACCACAAAAAGAAGUUUUGAAAUUAGAAGUACAAACAUUACGUGAAGAAUUAGAAUCUUUAACGGAUUCAAUUGGUAAUUUAGUUCCAAGAUUAGAGGGUUUAUUGAAUGAUAAGGAAAAAAGUGAUAACAUUUUAUCUCAACUAGGCCAUAACCCAGAAACCUUGAAAUCUAAUGUGCGUAAAAAUAUAUUGAGAAAGUAUCUAUUG